AUGCAAGCCAACUACUAUCCUACUACUAGUAAUGUCUAUGACAAUGACCAGUGCUCUUAAUGGCUUCACUAAUGUAGCCUAAGACACAAGUUGAAAUGUCAACUUCAAAUUUGGGUUCUCUUAUCUUGACUUUAGGUUAUAAAGUGAAAAGUACGAAAAAGGAGCCCACAUAUGUCACCAAGGGGUCAGGGGUCUGAAUUUGAGCCACUUUAUGUCCUUUCACUUCUAGAAGAUACUUUAUGUCUCAUUCUUUCUAGAAGAGACUUUAAUGUGAUUUAGUCUAUACCUAAGAUUUAUUUAGAAUCUUUGACUAUCAAAGUCUGUACCUAAGAUCUACUCAGGAUCUCAAACUUUUAGGGUUUGUUUAAAUAAUUUUAGAGUAAAGUAUUUUUACAAGAUUUGCCUAAGAUCUUAGUAUGUCAAAGUUUGUUUUAAGUCAUUUUAGAGUUAGUCAAACUUUGGGAGUGCCCAACCUCCUUUCUAGGCUUAUAUAAAGGCCUCCAUUGUGACUUGAGGUCCUCACUUUUUAGUUGAAUUAGUUUUCUCCACUCUAAGAACCUUUCUCUCUUGCUUGUGGAUUCAGAUACCCCCUUAUGGAUUCAAGGGUUGAAGACUUCGAAUUUGUGGAUUCAGAGGUAGGUUUCUUCCCCAAGAUUAGAGUUUUGUGGAUUCAAGCCCAUAUCUUGUUUAUUUUUUGUAGUACCACUACGUCAGUUGGUAUUAGAACAAGUCAACAUUUCAAUCAAGGUUCAAAAAUGUCAUGAGAUAAAUCUGCUCAUAUUGGUGACGAUGAUUCACCUGAAGUUUUCUUAUCUCAAAAUUAGAUUUUAUUACAUUUCAAUAUUGAAUAAAUGAAAAAUUUGAUGAUAUUAGUGAUACCUUGAAACAACUUUUGGCUAGAAUGAGUGUAUUAGAGAGUCAUUCAUGCCCUCCUAGAGAUCAUGAAAUCAGACGUCCUCAAAAAGUUACUAAUGUUGAAUCUUAAUCAGAUACUCAUUGUUCAUCUUGUUCUACAAGUUCUAGAUUAAAAUUUGAAGAAAAUGAUUUAUGAGAUUUUCAUAUGAAGAUUGACUUACCAUGUUUUAAUAGUCAUUUGAAGAUUGAAGAGUUCUUAGAUUGAUUAGUUGAAGUAGAAUGAUUUUUUGAAUUUAUAAAAUUUUUUGAUGGAAAAUAAGUGAAGUUAUUGGCUUAUAAACUGAAGGGUGAAGCCUCUACAUAGUGGGAUCAAUUAUAGAUCACAUGUAUGAGAUCAAACAAAGAACUUGUACGAUCAUGGGAGAAAAUGAAAAUGCUCUUGAAAUUUCAUUUUCUUCUCCUUGAUUAUGAAAAAAUAUUAUAUCAACAAUAUCAAAAUUGUAGACAAGGAAAUAGAUCAGUUUCUGAUUAUGCUGAAGAAUUUUAUCAUUUAUCUUCUCAAAUUGACUUGACAAAAUUUGAGUCAUAUAUGAUUUCAAGAUUUAAAGAUAGUCUUAGAUGAAAAUUCAAGACAAAGUUAUUUUAUAGUUAUUUUACAAGCUUAAUGAUAUCGUAAUGGCUGUAGAGCAUGCUGAAGCCUUAUUAGAGAAAGGAAAAAUCAGAAUUUGAAAUUUUAGAAGUCAGAAUUCAACUCUUCAAUCAGAUAGAGGAAGAUCUGCUGUUAUUUCUUCCACAUCACAUAAUGGGCGACUGAAUCAAAGUUUUGUUAGAUCAAGUGAAGUAAAUCCUUCUGUCCAAGUCUCUACUAACAAAAAUCUUUAUACUCCUAAUAUCAUUCCUAAAUGCUAUAGGUGUGGAAAAAGUGGACACAAAUCAAAUAUAGCAUGGUAAACCUUGCAAAUUCUAUUGAAGAGGAAACAAAAUAUGAAGAACCAGAAGUUGAAGAUAAGGUAGAAGAAAAUUUUAUUGAAUCGGAUAUUAGAGAUACACUAUCACAUUCACUUGUAAUCAAGAGAUUAAUAUAUUCAUAAAAAAGAGAAGAAGACCCACAACACCAUAACAUGUUCAGAACAAGGUGUACUAUGAAUUUUAAGGUAUGCAAUAUAAUCAUUGAUAGUGGUAGUAGUGAAAAUAUUGUCUCUUCUAUGAUGGUUAAAAAAAUAGAUUUGAACACAAGCCUACACCCUCAUCCAUAUCAAAUUUGUUGGAUCAAGAAGGAAAUAAAAACUAAAGUUUUAGAAAUAUGUUUGAUAAGUCUUCAUUAUCAUGAGUUAAUAACUAUUAAAUAAUAUAGUUUUAGCCUUAACUCAUGAUAAAUAGACUUAUAUUUAUGUUACAGUGUGAAAAGUAGUUUUCAAUUAAUUAACAUGAAUUUUUGGGUAAUUAUGUGAUUUUAUAUGAUUUUUAUAGUCUUACUUUUGAGAUAAAUAAAGAAUAAGAAAUAAAAAUAAAAAUAUUACAAAAUGGUGGGACCCACUAGCCAGUUGGGCCCACAAGCGGGUUUGAAGCGUAAUUAGGGAGUAGUCAUGAGUAGGGGCUUGAGCAGCUUGGCUUGGACCGAUAGGGGCACGUGUGCAGCACUCCCCUUCCACGUCACUAGUGGCCAACCGGUUGUGGGGCAAGGAGUGGUCAUACACGUGAGAGAAGUGACUUUGGUUAUAAAGCUAACAUUACUAUAUAUUCACCCAAAAAAUCGGUGCACAAUUGAGGUAGGACUAAACCCACGUCACACCUUCCUUAGAAGAGGCGGGUGACCGGCGCGGGUUCGAAUCCUUCUAAAGUCAAAAUUUAUAUAUUUUUAUCUGAUUAUCAUGACUUUCCUGCAUAUCGCCGGUGAAGGAUUAAGCAAUGAAAAUCGCUAGAUCAUCGGUGAAAAUCUAGUCAACACGAUUCGCGAAGCAUUGCUACUAAAAUUGUUAAACGAUUCGUGAUAAAAGGAUCGCGAAUCCAUUGAGUAAAUCAUCGACGAACAAGCCGUUGUUGGGAAGAGGACGAUCUAUUGGGAGAUGAGUCGCCACCUCCUGAGAGCAUACCAGAUAUGAUGAAGAGCCUCCUCUUACUACACGGACCUAAGGAUGAAGCUCCCUAACAUACGCCCCACCUCCAUCCAGCUCCUCUCCAUUGGGUGACAGUUGCCAGAGAGCCACAAAGUUGCUAUUUUUCCACUCUGCCGAGUGACAGCCGCUAGAGAUGACUCGAUGACUCAUUUCAUUGAUCUUUAGACUUUGCGAGAAGAUCUAGAGAUUGUCCAUGUUGUCUUUGUCCAAUGAGAGACUUUGAGGCUGUGGACACUACACAACAAUCUUCCCAAAAGCUCAGGAUUCCGAUACAUUGCCGACGCAUUGCCAUUGCAACGCUAGAACUCUAUUUUACUACUUUCAGCUUAAUUUUCGUUGCAUUUAGUGAUAAUUUAUUGAUUUUAAAUUUACCAACAUAUACUUCAUUUCAUUACGAUUCUUCUGUCUUUUACCGAUCUUAAUUUGAUCAAUUAAAUCGUCUAUAAUCACUUAUGUAAGAAUCACCGGGUGGAACUCUAUUUCUGUCCGAUUCGCAUUUGCCAGGUGCUGAUGUCAUUAUGACGUCCGCACCCUUAUUUCCCUUUUUUGUGAAUUUUAAAUAUAUUUAUUUUUCAUUUUGUAGUAUAAAAUUCAUAGAAAAUCAUAUUCAUUGAGAAAAAUUCUGAAUAAUUACUAGAUAUUAUAUUACAGCCUUGUGAUCGACUUGGAAAAUUACCGCUAUUUUUGAAAGUUUUCUUAAAUUAUAAUUUAUAUAUUUAUUUAGAAAUACUUCUAAAUAUUUAAAAAUUCAUAUUUUCUAGUUUUAUAAAUUUUAGAUUUACGUGAUUUAAUAUACAAUGACUAAGUCACAUCAAUGUCUAAUCAAAUUUUCAAUUGAUAACACUUAUUUUGAUGAAGUACAAUGUGAUGUUGUUGAGAUGGAUGCUUGUCACAUAAAAUUAGGCCGACCAUGGUAAUUUGAUGUUGAUGCUACAUACCGUGGUAAGGAAAAUAUUUAUAUUUUCUAUAGAAAAUUUAAACAAAAUUGUUCUGGCUCCAAUGCAAGACAACGAUUUCAAUAAAGGAGAGAAGGAGAAAAGAAAAGUAAUGCUUAUCAAUUAGACAAAGUUUCAUAAAGAGUUUGAUAUUAAUACUGAAUUAUUUGUUAUUGUUCAAAAACCUAAUGUAAAUAUCAAAAUAACUGAUGUGAUAUCAAAAGCUGUUGAAAGUUUCUUAUUUGAAUUUUCUUGAAUUCAAGAACUAUCUACUCAUCUUCCACUAAUGUGAGAUAUACAACAUCAUACUGACUUUAUACCAAGAGCAAGCUUGCCUAACCUUCCACAUUAUAAGAUGACCUCACAAGAAAAUCAAAAUUUUCAAGAAUAAGUAAAAGAGUUAUUGAGUAAAGGAUUAAUAAGAAAAAAAUUAAGCCCAUGCUUUGUGCUUUCUCUACUUGUUCCAAAGAAAGAUGGAAGUUGGUGGAUGUGUGUUGAUAGUAGAGCUAUCAAUAAGAUAAUGGUUAAGUAUAGAUUCUCAAUUCCCCAUCUAGAUAACAUAUUAGAUAUAUGAUUUGUGGUUCUAAUUUUUUUUCAAAAGUUAAUUGAAAGAGUGGAUAUCAUCAAAUCUGAAUUCAGCUAGGAGAUGAAUGAAAGAUUAUCUUUAAAACUAAGGCAAGUCUUUAUGAAUGAUUGGUCAUGCCUUUUGGCUUAUCCAACACCCCUUGUACCUUUAUGAGAGUGAUAAAUCAGAUUCUAAAAUUUUUUAAUGGUAAAUUUGUUGUUGUUUAUUUUGAUGACAUUCUUAUUUACAGUACUACGGAAGAUGAACAUGUGAAGCAUUUCAGAUCAAUAUUUAAAGUAUUUCAACAUAAUGAAUUAUACAUUAACUUGAAAAAAUGUGACUCCAUAACUACUAAUUUGUUAUUCUUGAGAUAUGUUGUAAGUACAAAUGGUACCAAAGUAGAUGAAGAAAAGAUCAGAGCCAUUAAAGAUUAAUCAACAUCAACCACAAUUCAUCACGUUCAAAGUUUUCAUAGAUUAACAUCAUUUUAUAGAAGAUAUAUUUGAAAUUUUAACUUAAUAACAUCUCCAAUUACUACAUGUAUGAAAGAAUGUCAUUUUAAAUGGACAGAUAAAACUAGUAAAAAUUUUAUCGUGAUAAAAGAAAAAUUAUGUUUUGCUCUUGUUUUAGCCCUACCAAAUUUCGAUAAACUAUUUGAAGUGAAAUGUGAUGCAUCCAUACUUCGUAUUGGAGGUGUAUUGUUGUAAGAAGGUUGGCCAAUAACAUUUUUUGGUGAAAAACUUUUUGAGGCAAGAAAAAAAUGGACAACAUAUAAACUAUAAUUUUAUGCCAUGGUUCGUACUUUACAAACAUGAGAACAUUAUUUGAUUCAGUGAGAGUUUAUUUUAUAUACUAAUCAUCAAGCUCUUAAAUUAGUAAAUAGUCAAACUUCUAUCAAUAGAAUGCAUGUCAGAUGAAUCUCUUUCAUUCAACAUUUUACUUUUGUUAUUAAAUAAAAGUCAAAAAAACUGAAUUGAGUUGUAGAUGUUCUUAAUAGAAAAAUAACAUAUUUGGUGAAACUAUGUAUUGAAAUCACAGGAUUUGAUUCUCUCAAAGAAUUAUACCCAUACGACAAUGAUUUUUCUCAAUAGUAUAUAAUUUGUAUGUCAGGAAUAUCAACUAAAAGGUUUUCACCUACAAGAUUUUUUAUUUCAAGGAACACAGUUAUGAUUCUUCACAACUCUUUUAAGGAGAAACUACUAUGAGAAUUACAUUCUUCAGGUUUAAUAGGACACCUUCAUCGAGACAAGACUUUACAAUCAGUUGAAGAGUGAUAUUAUUGGCCUAAACUAAAGAAAGAUAGAGAAAAUUUUAUUCGUAAAUGUCAGGUUUGUCAAACCUACAAGGGACAAAGUCAAAAUAAUGGAUUAUACACUCCAUUACCUAUUCCACAAUGUCCAUAGGUUGAUAUUUCAAUAAAUUUUAUAUUAGGUCUGUCGUGAACAUAGAGAGGAGUUGACUCAAUUUUGGUGGUCGUUGAUAGAUUUUUAAAAAUAGCACACUUCAUUACAUAUAAAAAGACAAAUGAUGCAAGUCAAAUAGUCAAACACUUUUUUAAAUAAAUUAUUUUUUUACAUAGAAUUCUUGAGUCAAUUACCUUUGAUAAAGAUUCUAAUUUUAUAUCUUACUUCUGACAAACUAUUUGGAAGAGGUUUGACAUAUUUUUGAAAUUCAGUAGUACUAGACACUCACAAAUUGAUGGCCAAACUAAAGUUGUGAAUAAAACUCUAGGCAAUUUGAUUUGUUGUAUUUUAGGAGAAAAGUCAAAAUAAUAGAAUUAUGUUUUGGCACAAGCAAAGUUUGCAUAUAACUCAAUGAUUAAUCAUUUGACUAACUAAUAUCUAUUUUUAAUAGUAUAUUAUUUUUCUCUAAGAAUUCUAUUAUAUUUAUUAUAAAUAUUAAGACUAGUUAGAACUAGUAUUACUGUAAAUAAUAUGAUAGAUUUAUCAAAAUAUGUUAUGAAGGUGUGAUACACAAUCUCACAACCAAUUAUGAGAAGUAUAAAGUGACAAUAGAUAAUAAAAGAAAAAAAAAGAUAUUUGAAGUUAAAGAUAAAGUGAUGAUGUACCUUCAUAAAGAACGAUUCCUAAUAGUUAGCUACAAUAAGUUGAAGCCAAAGAAAUAUGGGUCAUAUCAAAUUCUACAGAAGAUCAAUGAUAAUAUGUACCUUAUUGAGCUCUCACCAAAUAUGACUAUUUCACCCACAUUCAAUGUUAGUGAUAUAUAUGAGUACUAUGAUGAUUCAAAUGAAAACUCAAGGAUGAGUUUUCUUGAAGGAGGAGAGACUAACGUAGCCCAAGACACAAGUUGAACUGUCAACUUUGAAUUUGGGCCCACUUAUUUUGAAUUUGGGCCAUGAAGUAAAAAGUACAAAAAAAGAGCCCACAUAUGUCACUAGUGGGCCAAAAGUUUGAAUUUGAGCCCAUUUUAUGUCCUUUCACUUUUAGAAAAUACUUUAUGUCUCAUUCUUUCUAGAAGAGACUUUAAUGUGGUUUAGUCUAUACCUAAGAUAUGUUCAGGAUUUCUAACUAUCAAAGUUUGUACUUAAAAUCUACUUAGGAUCUCUAACUGUCAGAGUCUGUACCUAAGAUAUAUUUAGGAUCUUUAAUUGUCAGAAUCUAUUUUAGGUUAUUUCAGAUUUAGUCAAAGUAUUUUUAGAGGACAUGUCUAAGAUCUCAAUUUGUCAAAGUCUGUUUUAAAUCAUUUCAGAAUUAGUCAGACUUUGUUCUUAGGAUAUGUCAAGAUCCUCCUUUUGGAGAGCACCCAACCUCCUUUCUAGGCUUAUAUAAAGGCCUCUAUUGUGACUUGAGGUCCUCAUUUUUUAGUUAAAUCAAUUUUCUCCACUGUGAGAAUCUUUCUCUCUAGCUCCACCCCUUGUGGAUUCAAGAGUUGAAGACUUCAAAUUUGUAGAUUCAGAAGUAGGUUUCUUCUCCAAGAUUGGAGCUUUAUAGAUUCAAGCCUUUAUCUUGUUUAUCUUCCACAAUACUAUUGCAUCAUUUACAUAGAAAUAGUAAAGUAGCAACCAAAAGUUAUGUUCAAAUUGAUAUUUUAGAAGGUUAACCUUCAAGAUCGUUUAGUUGAUUUAUGAGUCAAAAUUCAUAUAAAAGAGACUGAUUUGUGCAAGGAUUUUGAUGGUGGGCUAUUCCAAGAUCUUGCCUCACUACAUGGGUCAAAGAGGCGAUGAAUGGCAACAGAGGCCACUUCACAAUUGAGAGCACCAAAAUGUUGCAUUCAUUUCAUUCUGAAAUUGUAGAUAAUGGUUAUGUUUGCUCGUUGACUUUGGGGAUCUAGUUUUAGUGGGUUUUGGCUCAUCCUACUUUUGAAUUUGAGAAGCAUAUCUAGUGUUGCCCGGGCCAUGAAUACUCGAUAAUUAUUUGAAAGUUCAGCCCAGCCCAUUGACCUGGGGGCGGCCGAAAGUCAAACCCCGCGCUGCUUGCUGCUCAACAGGAAGCUGAACGACGGCCGGCAAUACCCGCGGCGGAUGAACAUGUCGGCGAGGACCUUAUACAUGGCCUCCGUCAGGUGGGCCCCGUCCCAGUUGAUGUACCUCCUCGGGUCUGGGCAGGCGGUGGUCACCGCCGGAGUGGCACACGUGGCGAAUAGAUCGAAGUUGAAUGGGCCGCCGCCGGACCCGCAGCAGGUCUUGAAGGGCUCCCGGAAGCCAAAGGCCUUGGGGUUCUUCAUAACGGCGCGGUGGGCGGCGGCGUAGUCGGCAUAUGAGAUGAUGGCACGUGGAUGACGGCGGCGGAGGUCGUCCAGCCUGGACUGGAGUAGGACGUUGAAGGCGGCGCUGCGGCGGUUCUGGGAGGCGGAGCAUGCGAGGUCGUCCCGGUGGUCUCCAGCAGGGACGAGGCUCAACGUGAGGGGGAGGCAGCCGGAGAGCGGGUGCCCUUGCACGACCAUGUACUUGGCGCCCUUGCUGAGGAGGGCCUGUAGCCAGAAAAGGAAGAAGAAGACCGAUUAUUUUCUUUUCACGAGUACCCAAAAACUGAAUUUAUCAUUAUUCUUCUCCACAGUUAUCGCAUAGAUAUUUAAAGACUAUUUAUCUAAUGUUUUCGUAUAAAAUAAAAAAGUAUAUUUACGAAAAAAUUACAUUUAUGACCAUGAGCAGUAAAUUCAGAAAGUUCAUUAUCAUAACUCCCUGCCGCACGCCAAAGUGUAUGAGGUCCGAGAAAAUUAGGGUAUAAGAAAAAUAAUCAGACAGCGGAAGCUCCAACCUCACCCAUGGAGUGAGGCCUGCUGCCUCUUCUGGUCGCUCUAGGAAUCUACACGCAACACAAACUUUAUAUAUACCCCAAAAAAUAGAUACCUUUAUUAUAAUCUCCAGCUCUUUUAUUUACCCAUUAAAGAAUUGAAGAGAUAAUGUCGUAGUAAAUAGGAUAGACAUGCAAAAAAAAUAUAAAAACAGAGGGCUUGAAUUUGUCCUCUGUUAAACGAAACGAGGAACUGUCCUCUGCUUUUAAAAAAAUUGCUACUAUCUGUCCUCUGUUAAACGAAAAACCCCACUUCACCACCGCCAAUAAUCUGAAUGCGCAGAGACUCUCUUGGGAGUGGUAAAGGAUAACGAACUGUUCCAGUCUUCUUCUUACCUCGAGAAAUCUGGUGACGCUGUCGAGGACCAGCUCCUGGACUUGGUCCGGCGAGACGCGGGAGCCGACGAUAUAGGCGUUGUCGUUGACCCCGAUCUCGCCGACCCAGAAGAGGGCGCUCUCCAUCUCGGCGGUGCACGCGGCGGGCAACCUGCGAUGCCGCCUCCCGCCACAGCCCCGCUCUGCCAUGAGCCUCUCAAACCAGGCCAGCUGCGUCCCCAGGGAUUGCUGGAUGAUGUCAAGGGAGAGGUUGUUGCGGACGAAGAAGGAGUGA